AUGCGGAAACAAAAGCAGAAUUUGUUAGAUGAGAUCGAAUUGAAAUUUAACGUAGAAUGGGUCAGAAAUCAAAAGGAGUUGUUGGCAUGGGUAGCAAAUAUGAAAGUUAUAAGUACUUAUGAUGAGAGCGAAAAAGAAUUCACUGCAUUAUUAGUUUAUGUGAUUACUUAGAAUGGUACUAUAGUAAAUUAUUUUAGGGGAGUUUCUUAAAUUGAUGUAUGAUAUUCCUCCCUAUUUCUAUGUUGAAUGCAAUCAAGAACACAUAACUGAGUUGGCUAUGCAUUUAGAGAAUAAAUACGAAAAAUAAAUUCUAAAAGUUGACAUUAUCGAAAGAGUGGAUUUGGAUAAAGCAAACCAUUUAAUUGGGAAAAAGGAGAAAUUUAUUAAAUUAUCAUUUCGAUUGAUUUAAGACUUAGUCUAAGUUAGGAAUCUAAUUAAGGCUAGAUGUGAGAAAAACCGCAGGAAUGUAGACGAAAAUGAUAUGCUAAUCAAAAAACCAUCUACGUCAAAGGAUAUCUAGGAUUAGCUGAUAGGUGUCAGAGAAUAUGAUGUACCUUAUCACUGUCGAGUAUGUAUUGAUACAGGGUUGAGGUGCUGCAAGUGGUUUAAAUUUGUGCUAAAAGAAAGAAGAAUAGCAGAGUGCAUAGAAGUAAAAGAGAUGAUGAGUAUGCCUGAAUUAAAAUAUCUCGCUUUUGAUAUUGAAACAUAUAAGCAACCUCUUAAAUUUCCAGAUGCAAAAAAUGAUCAAAUUAUGAUGAUUUCAAUCACACACAGUCAAAAUAGUAUCCUGAUUACUAAUAUGCAGACUUUAGGCUAAGAAGUAUAAAACUUUGAUUAUGCUCCAAAACCUGAAUUUGCAACACAAGCAAUAAUUUAUAAUCAGCCUAAUGAGAAAUCACUUUUACUUAAGUUUUUUCAAGUCAUUUUAGAUUAUAAACCUAAUAUUAUAUCAUCCUUUAAUGGAGAUCGUUUUGAUUGGCCAUUUAUCGAAGAGAGAUGUUUAACUCAUGGAUUUUAUUUGGAAUAAGAAAUUGGAAUUAAAAAAAAUGAAGAAAAUAACGAAUAUUACGGCAGAUACAUUAUUCACAUGGAUUGUUUUGCAUGGGUGGAAAGAGAUGCUUAUCUUCCUUAAGGCAGUCAUGGGUUGAAAGCUGUAACAAAGGCUAAAUUAGGAUAUCAGCCAAUUGAAGUAGACCCUGAGAAAAUGGUACCUAUGGCUUUGUAGGACAGUUAAUAAUUUGCAGGGUAUUCUAUAUCAGAUUCAGUUGCGACAUAUUGGUUAUAUCGAAAGCAUAUUCAUGACUUUAUUUUAGCACUUUGUACAAUAAUUCCAUUAUCACCUGAUGAGGUUUUAAGGAAAGGGUCUGGCACAUUAUGCGAAUGUCUAUUAAUGGCUUAAGCAUUUUAAAGAGAGAUUAUAUUCCCUAAUAAAACUACUACAUAACUAGAGAGAUUUCAUAAUGGCCAUUUAAUAGAUGCUGAGACAUAUAUUGGUGGGAAAGUUGAAUGUUUAAGAAGUGGAAUUUAUAGAAGUGAUAUUGAUGUUGAGUUUAAGAUUGAUAAGGAGUGUAUGUAAUCAAUGUGGAGCACUGUGGAUAGUUUGAUUAGGUUUGUUGGCAAGAUUGAAAAUGAGACAUUCAGUGAAGAGGAAAUAGAAAAGUGCAGUGAAUAAAUAAGAUCGAAAUUGGAUGUAUUAAUAAAUAGAGGAGAAGUAUUCAAAGAAAAACCAUUGAUCUAUCAUUUAGAUGUUGCUGCCAUGUAUCCUAAUAUUAUAUUGACAAAUCGAUUAUAACCAGUCUCAAUUGUAGGUGAUCAAAUUUGUUCACAAUGCUAUUUUAAUUAGCCACAAAACAAAUGUUAAAGGCAAUUGGAGUGGUAAUGGAAGGGUGACUUCUUUCCUUUGAAAAGAAAUGAAUACGAAUUCGUAAAAUAAUAGUUGGAGUAGGAAUAAACAGAAAGAGAAAGGAAGGAAUAUGAUGAGAAAAAAAGAUAAAUGCUAAAGGAGGGAUUAGAUAUAAGGAGGUUAUAAUUGAAAGGAUUUGGUGAUUUGGCUCCUGAUGAAUAAAUAAAGAGAAUCAAAUAGAGAGUUAUAGAGCAUUGUAAAAAGUCAUACAAAACUGUUCAUCAUCAUUCGGUAGAGCUAAAAAAAGAUACAGUUUGCAUGAGAGAAAACGACUUUUAUGUACAAACAGUCCGAGAUUUUAGGGAUAGGAGAUAUGAAUUUAAGGAGUUGGUAAAAGUGUAUAAGAAUAAAUUGGAAUAAGCAAAAAAGGAAGGUGUUGGAGUAAAAGAAUGUCAUGAUUUUAUGGCCUUAUAUGAAUCCUUAUAAUUGGCCCAUAAGAUCAUUCUAAACUCAUUUUAUGGGUAUGUGAUGAGGAAAGGUGCCCGUUGGUACUCUAUGCCCAUGGCUGGCAUUGUUACUCAUAUGGGUUCUCAGAUUAUAUCAACUGCAAAGUAGAGAGUUGAUUAAAUAGGAUUGCCAUUGGAAUUGGAUACUGAUGGUAUUUGGUGUUUGUUGCCUAGCGGAUUCCCUGAAGAUUUUUUUAUUAAAAGUCAGACAGGCAGAAAUUUAAAAUUUAGUUAUCCAUGUUACAUUCUCAAUGAAUUAGUUUAUGAAAAAUAUAAGAACAAUUAAUAUCAAUGGUUGAAAGACCCAAAUUCAUUCGAAUAUGGAAUUAGAAGUGAAAUGUCAAUCUUUUUUGAGGUUGAUGGUCCAUAUAGAUGUAUGAUAAUUCCUGCAGCCAGAGAGGAAAAUAAACAGUUGAAGAAGAGAUAUGUUGUAUACAAUAAAAACGGAUCAAUUGCUGAGGUCAAAGGGUUUGAAAUCAAAAGAAGAGGAGAGUUAUAGAUUAUCAAAUAAUUUUAAUAAGAGUUAUUUUCAGAAUUCUUGAAGGGUACCAAUUUAACAGAAUGCUAUCAGGCAUGUGCAGAAGUUGGUAAGAAGUUGUUAAGAAUACUAUUCACAGGAGGGGAAGGAAUAUCACAAUAAGAGUUACUUGAUUUGAUAGGUGAAAGCAGAGUACUUUCAAAGGAAAUAUCUGAAUAUGAUAACAAAAAAGGAGUAGCAAUAACUGCGGGAAAGAGAAUAGCUGAGUACUUAGGAUCAGAUUAAGUCAGAGGAGGAAGUUUAAAUUGUUAAUAUAUCAUAACGAAAUUACCUCAUAACACUCCAGUUAAUGAGAGAUCAAUUCCUUUGCUCAUCUUUGAAUCUUCUUUUGAGACGAGGAGGAAGUACUUGAGAAAAUGGCUGAAGGAACCGUAAUUGCAAGAUGAUGAUUUAACAUUAUCUAAGAUAGUUGAUUGGGACUACUAUAUAGAAAGAUUAAAGAAUACCAUUUUAAAACUAUUGGUGAUCCCUGCUGCUUUGUAGAAUAUUGAAAAUCCUAUUCCUGAAGUGGAGCCUCCAGAAUGGUUAUUAAAAAAACUGAGAGAGAAGGCCUCAGGACUCUAGCAAACAAAGAUAAAUCAAUAUUUCAGUUAAAUAAAUAAAUUGGCACAUCAAUUAGCGUAGUUUAAAUUUUAGCCUAUGGAUAUUGAAGAAAAUAAGUAAUUGUCCAAUAAGAAGAAACCUCAAAUCAAUGAAGACAAUUAAAAGCUAUUGCAUAAUCCAUAUAAUAUGGAAACAGACUUCAAAAAUUUCCUCUAAGUUUAAAAACAGAUUUGGACAAAGGAAUUUAGAAAUAAGUAAUAGAAUAAGAAUAUUAACGGAAGAGGUAAUCUAAAGAAUAUGAUUAAGUUUAACAAAUAAUAAUUAUUUAACUCUGUUUGGUAGGUGUUGUAAUUUUACGAAGUUGAACCAGGGUUAUUUUUAACUUGGAUUCUUCUUGAGAAUGGAACAUUGACAAGUGUGUAAAUCUAAGUUGAUAGAACUAUCUAUACAAAUCAACUCACAAAAGAACCCGAAUUAUCAACUAUUAAGAAAACCUUGCCAAGGGAUAAAAAGGUUCAUUAUCUCUACUCUUUGACUAUGGAUGAAUCUGAAUUUCAAUUAGAACAUAAAUAAUUAUUCUAAUACGAAGCAAAUCCAAACACCGAGAGUUUGUACGAACAUAAGAUCCCAUUAAUUUUCAAAUUAGUUACUGAAUUAGGAGCUAUGUGCAAAGUUAAUAGAUAGUAUGUUUAAUAAUAAAAAAAUGUAUUCAAAUUCGAGGACUUACAAAUCGUUUACGAAUAACCUAGUCAAUAGUAGUAUUUAGAUAAAUUCUUAAAUUCGUUUUACCAAUCUUCAUAUAUCAUACUUCAUUUAUAAUUACAAGAUAAUUUUGGAGUAUGGUCAGUGUUCUUUAAUGAUGAAGUCUUGAUUAUUAUUGUAAGGAAAUCUGAAGAAAAAUUAAAUCGUUCAGACUUAAAUCAGUAUACUAAGUCAGUUCAAGAAUAGUUCGAAUUUUAGAGGAAAUAAAUGUAUAAAAAAUACUACGAAAUCCCAAUCCCUGAAAAGAAUAAAGUUACUGUUCAAUGCAUGUAUUUAUAUUGAAUCUAAUGCUCUAGGAAGGAUGACAAACUAGCUAUUGAUUACAUUUCCAACAAUUUUGAGACCCGUGGUCAAGGCAUGAAGUUAUGUAUUCUACAAAGCAAUAAGGAGUUGACCUAUUUACAAAGUUAAGGCUUACAAUUCUUAUGUCUUAAAGUAUUAAUUUACUAUCAAUUUAUAGAUUCCUACUCUAUGCAUUCCUAAUCUUCACAGGGAAUCCAGAAAAGAAUUUCAAUGGGAUAUCAACACAGUGAAAUAAUAAUUAGAAAGUUAUUGUAAACUUAGGGAGACCAUGGCUUCAUAUCUACAAUAUUGUAAAUAUGUAAAAGUUCCAUUAUGCAAUCUUACUUCAUCAAACUUGGGCAAAACAGAUGUUUUUAAAGCAGAUAUUCAGAUGUUAAACUAUACAACCGAUAUUUUCUUCCAAAGAGUACUAAGAUAGAAGACUACUUGUUUAUCAUGGUAUGGGAGUGGCUUAGGCAGAGACAAUAGAGAUCUUGUUCCCACUGAGUUCACUAAGACCUACUUUGAUAAUCCUGGAAUUUAUAUUGGGUAUACUUGUGAAAUUGAUAUCCUCCAUUUCUCCAUUAAUACAAUUGCUUAAUCUGAAGAAAUCAAAAAUCUAGACAAAGAAGCAAGUUAAUUGGUUGGUUAAAAUGGCAAAUCAGAUAUGCUAGACAACUUGGAUGAACUUGGAGGAGCCAAAAUUGCAUUUAGAUUAUUAUAAUUGUUGGUCUCCUCAUGGUUGGAUGAUAUAUACGCCAAAGGAGAAAAAGUUUCAGAUGAUCAUAUCCUCAACAUCAAUAUAUGGAUCUAUUCAAGCUUGAGUCCUCUAUAUGAUCCUUACUUGGGAAAAUUGUUAAAUAGACUAAAUUUUAAGUUUUUCAGUAUUCUUACAAAUAAAUUGAAGGAAUUUGGUAUAAAAAUCGUUAAGGCAUCUCCUACAAAAUUGUUACUUUAUACUGGGAAAUAGCAAAAGGAUAUGGCAAAAUCCUUAAUUGAUUACAUCAUUAACACAUUUCAAUAGUCAAAUCUAUUUAAACAUGUAACUUUUUAAGCAUCAAAAUUCUUUACUUCUCUCAUCUAUAAGGAUAAACAUAAUUAUAUUGGGAAAGAAGUUGAUAUCGAAAGUGAUUAUGCAGAUUUCGAUUAUAGAUUAAAACUAUCAGACUUUUUGCCACCCAUAAUGUCCAAACUUUUUAUUCAUUUGCUAUUUCAAAUUUUACUUAAAGUAGAAGAACUUAGAAGUAGUCAAAUUGAAGAAAUCAAUAUAUUACCUACCAAUUUACAAAUCUCGAGAAUUACUAAUUUAUAAACUGACAUUAUCAAUCUCUUAGUAUAAUACAUCAAUAGCACUUUUUCUUAAAUAAUAUAUGAUGUCAUAAACGAUUAUUUUGAGAAAUAUAAAAAAGAAAAAUAAAAUUACGAAACUUAUUUAGAAUAAUAAUAACAAACUGUGGGAUUGACAGUUAAAAUGAGGAGGUGUAAUAUUGAAGAUGAUGAAGAAAUGGAGCAGGAAAUACAAGAGGACUAUGAAUAAGACUCAUUUGUUGUUGCGGACGAAGACUUAAAUGAGACUCCAAAAUAAAUUGAAAUUGAGGAAGAAUUAGAUUGUCAGGAGGAUGGCAAAGUUUCUAAUUUCCCUAAAUUAUGGCAUCUUAGAAAUGCUCUUGGCUCUAGAAUUGAUUUGGAAAAACACGAAUAAGCCAUAUUAAGAACAUUUAUCUAUCUCUGUGCAAUCUUAAGCGUAGAUGAGGAAGUACAUCAAUAAAUGAAAAGGAUCAAAAAUGUUUGUUGCAAAUCAGUUAAAGUUUCCGAAUCCUCUAAAGAUGUAAUUUAUUAUAUCAUUCUAGGCUGAAUUUGAAGAUCCAUGUUUUGAUUUGAUUUUGCAAAAUGUCCCCUGUUAUAAGUGCUAUAUGGUUUAAGAAGUUAAUGUUUUCAAAGAUAUUUGGAAAUGUGAAGGAUGCAAAAACGACUAUGACCUAGACACCAUGGAAAAAUUAAUAUGCCAAUUUGUAGAACAAUAAUUGUUAUUCUAUUAAAUACAAGAUCUGUAUUGUGUCAAAUGUAAAUAGACGCAAGAUUAUUCAUUCUAAAAGAUGUAAAAAUAUCAUUUCUACUUUAGUUGCUCAUGUUCUGCUUAGUUUUAAUUAAAAACUGAUUAAUUUGAAAAAUGCUUUAUCAGAUCACCCACAUAUUUUUUUGAUAGUUUAUUAUUGUUAGCAAUAGAGAAGAAUCUUCAUGGAUUAAAGACAUUAGUUUCCUCAAUAAACACUUGA